GUGAGAAGUGAAUCUGAGAAGAGAAGGGCAGGCACUUUAAGAGAGAGAAGAGUUUUCCACAGAGCAUGGCCUCUGCCAAAGAAGAUGGUGUGGAUGAAAGAAAGGUGGACAUUAAAGAAGAGGACUGUGAGUGGCUCACACCAGAGGAUGUGUGUGUGAAGCUUGAGGAUCACGAAGAAAGAAUUUCAGUUUUUAAAGAGGAGGAGGAGGAGGAGGAGUGCAAGAGGGUGAUCGUUACCAUUAAAGCUGAGGAUCUGAAUGAUUUCUCCAUUGGUCUUGAACUUCAAAAGCAUGAAACUGAGGAUAUUUUCAAGCAAGAUGCCUGUGAAGAAUCUCCAUCCAGUUUACAGCCCUGGUCCACUAAUACGGGAUGUCUGGCUACACAGGAGAAUUCUGCAGAGCUGAAAUCAGAGUUAUCAGAGUCUGAAGUGAAAAUCACAGAGGGAAAUGGGAGUGAAGGAGAAGAGUCGCCUGGGAGUGUGGAAAUAAAUUUACAGAAGAAUGGCAGUUUCUCACCACCUUCAUUUGGUCAGCCCUCUCUUCAAUACAAAGAGAAAGCUAUGAAGAAAUCAACAAGAGGAUCAGAGGACCUGACAGCAGCCUUUUUGCAGUGCAGUUCUCUCCCCGCUACUGGAGUAACACAGACAGAAGCCAUCAAAACUAAUCGACAACAAGUGGAGAAAGAAAUCCAACUUCAUACUGGAGCAAAAUGUUUGGAAUGUGGCAAACAAUUCACACACACAAGUGAUCUUAAUAAGCAUAUGAAGAUUCACAAAGGAGAAAAACCUCAUUGUUGUCCAGAAUGUGGUAAGUCGUUCUCAAGGAGAAGCGAUCUUCAGAGCCACAGCACAAUCCACACAGGAGAAAAACCUUAUUGUUGUCCAGAAUGUGGCAAACAAUAUUCUGACAAACGCAGUUUUAAAAGGCACAUACAAAGUCAUACUGGAGAGAAAAAGCAGUAUGUAUGUUCUGAAUGUGGUAGAUGUUAUACAAGCCAGAAAGGUCUUAAUACACAUGCUAAAAUUCAUACUGAAGAAAAAUCUUAUGGCUGUUCUGAAUGUGGGAAACGAUUCUUACAUAUAGGUCCACUUCAGCGCCACAUCAGAACUCAUACUGGAGAGAAACCUUAUUGUUGUACUGAAUGUGGUAAGCAUUUCUCAGAGCAAAGCACCCUAAAGAUUCAUAUCAGACUUCACACUGGAGAAAAACCUUACAAUUGCUUGGAAUGUGGCAAACAAUUUUCACGCCUAAGUUCUCUUUAUAGUCAUAGGAGAAGUCAUACUGGAGAGAAGCCUUACAGUUGCACUGAAUGUGGAAUGCGAUUCUCAUAUAACAGUUCUCUUCACAAACAUAAAAUAAUUCAUUCUGGUAAGAAACGCAGCUGUUCUGAAUGUGGCAAGCUUUUUUCAGAGAGCAGGACUCUUAAAGAUCACAUGAGAAUUCACUCUGGGGAGAAACCCUAUUGCUGUCCCGAGUGUGGCAAACGAUUCUCACGUCAAAGCACGCUUAAGAGCCACAAAAGGAUCCACACUGGAGAGAAGCAGUACAUCUGUUCUGACUGUGGCAAGCUUUUCUCUGAAGGCAUGACUCUUAAAUAUCACAUGAGAAUUCACUCUGGAGAGAAACCCCAUUGCUGUCUAGAAUGUGGCAAACGAUUCUCACAUCCAAAAACACUUAGGUGCCACAGAAGGAUCCACUCUGGAGAGAAGCAGUACACCUGUUCUGAAUGUGGUAAAGGGUACUCUUCAAGAAAAAGUUUUCGAAGACACACGCAAAGUCAUAUUGGAGUAAAGCCUGUCCCAGAAAUGACAAAUGAUCUUUCCAUUGGCUCCUCAACCAAAAAUAUUGAAGACAAAUCAUCUGAAUGAGGUAAAGGACCCCAGUUGAAAGUCGUUAAAAACUACAUCACAAUAGUGGAGAAAAUACUGAAGGUAGAAAACAGAUUUUAGAUGUAAGGUAACCUCAGAGCCACAUAUGCAUUAACACUGGAAUACAACAGAUAUUUCACAAACAAUAGGAAUCUUCUUCAACAACUUAUAGGUGCAAGAAAAAACCUCAUUGUUGUCCUAAAUGUGGUAAACGCUUUUCAGACAGCAGUGGUCUUCAUAUUCAUAAAUGACUGGCUCACUUUUGGUAAGCCUCUUAGCUGUUCUGAAUGCUGAAAGUGGUCCUCCUGUAUCAGCCGUCAUCAGCAACACGUAAGAUUUAAUGAAGGACUCAGAAACUGUACUGCCAGGACAUCAGCCAUACAGGGACUGAUCAUAUCUGCACCAGUGCUGUGACAUAAGAUGGUGAACAAUAUAAACACCAGACAACAGAAUGAGGUACUGUGCAGUGAUAACAACUUCAAUCACAGAUCACAACUGAAAACGUUCAAUGUAAUAAUUAUAAAAUGGAGAAGUCAAAUCAACACUGCGGUGCCAGCUAUCAGGAGGUGCCACUGACAAGGGAAAUAUUUUUGUUUCAGAACUUUGGAGAUGGGGCCUUAUCUGAGGAGCAAUGAACUUGUACCGUCUCUGGGAUGUCAUCUGAUGGCUGAUGCCUGGGCUGAGUGCAGACAGCCGUUCUUAACCCUGAUAAUGAAGAAGUCAUUUAGUGACGUCAGCUGACAGCUAGUGCUGUCCAAUCAGAUACUGGGGAGGGACAGGAGACUGAAAAGAGAGCCGUCACAUGACAGACCAAUGUAAAGGGGCUUUAUAAGACUUUUACGCUAAUUUAGGUUAUCAUUUAUAAAUGAUAAGAGUCUUUACAAACCAAGCACAUUCAUCAGCUGUGUGUAAAGGGGGAGUCCAAAAGUGGGAAGUUAAGAAGAUCAAAACAUCCAGGGUUCAAAGAGAAAUGUUUAAGACCUGAAGAUGGAGUCAUAAUAGCAUACCAGGGUUAGCAAAGGGGACCAAAGUUGUGAAGAAUAUCAAUUAAUGUAUUCAUUCAUUUACUUCACAUAAAACUCCAAAAAGCAGAAGUGGCCCCUUCUGUACCCCCACCACUGAAGGUCAAAUUUGACCCUGUCUCUACUCGGCAUUGAUUCACUGUGCUUGGACUUUCUGUAUUUUGUAAGUUUAUGUUUCAUUUUUUGGCCACACUCUUUUUACAUUUCAUGUCAUUGAUGUUCUCAAAUGUGUGAGUAUAGCUUGACUCUUACAAGGACUUAUUUAAAAAGGGAAUGUACAUUGGUCAUGAAAUGCAGGAAGGCAGAAAAAUAUAAAAAGUGGAGCCCACAAAAUGAAUAGGCGACAUCAAUGAAAUACGCUCAGUGACAGAGGUGACGUGGACAAAAUCAGAAAGGACAGCACAGAAAAGGCAGGUACCAACUGAAAACAAAAGAAGAAAGCUGAUUGGUGGGGAGAACUGUCAGUCACUCCUGAGUGGACUGUUGAGUACAAACGUGGCAUGCAGACUUCAGAGUUCAUGUGUUUUUGAUUUCAAAUCUGUGACCAUGCACUGAAUAAGUCUGUUAUUUAUCAGUUAGCAUGUUCUGAAACUGUAAUGUCAUCACAAAGAUCAUACAAACACGUAAUGUGGCAUUUGUGAUCAAUCACUUUUGUUGAUUUUUAUGUCACCUGUCAUCAGCCCAGUAUAGAGUGCCACUUCCAGAUCAGCAACCCCUCUGCACUCCAUAGCACAUUUGAAGUUUGGGACUGGAGCACAAAGUGGAUGGCACUUUGAGAAGGACAGACUUGUAAGACAUGAACAAAGGCAGCUGCCCUCCCUGGUCUGUCUUCAUUCAGAAGGACUCACCUGAGUGGUGGGAUUGUUCUGCGGUGCUCCUGUUAGCCAACAUUUCAUCAGCUUGCUUUCUGCGUUUCAUCUGAUAACUUGCAGAGUUAAUCAAAGAUGAGCCAGGCCUGUUACAAUGUGAACGUUCUUGACAUUUUGGUUUGUUUAAAUAUUUUUUCUUCUUCUUUACUUUGAUUUCUUGGUGGCCUUGUACACAUGAGCAUUUGGUGUUAAUAAUGAACUGACAAUUAAUAAACUGUUUUUACUGUUAAAUUGUAA